AUGGCGGCACCGUCAUGGGUGGCGGCAUCAGCGCCUAGCCCCUGCGGUUGCAUGACCAAGGAGGCCACGGGGCCGAGUUGCUGUGCUACAAUUUCGGCAACCACAUGGCGUGGCUACUCCUGUGUUCCAGUUGUUACAACAUUUGUUUGGAGCUAUUGUGAAGCUCCUAGAACAACAUGGGCAACCACGGGGGCGGCUGGAACGUGCUGGCAGCCAUGGGAGACUGCUAGAACUCGCCAGUGGGCUGCUGGAACGCGCUAG